UACUUGCACAGAUUAUCUAUUGUGUGACCCGAUACAUACUUGACUUCCUCCUGCAUUAACUAUUUUUAACUGAGUGGUUUGAUUUAUCAGUUUAUUCUUACCCGUUUUGCGUCACCAGAGUCCAAAGCACAUAGUCGCCACUUGAUCAAGGUGAUGCGACCAGUGGAGAGACCCAAUUAAAUAAGUAAUCCGGAUUAAUCUGCAAAUACAAAUAUCAUAAAACAAUUAAAUCCUCCCAUUAAGUAAAGGUUAUUGAAACUAAAAUAAGGCAAUUAGAACCUUAUCAGCUAAUAGCUUAUCAUUUUACAUCCUGUAUUUAACAGGUUGUACUGUUUAUGUAUGUGCCAGUAAAGCAUAAUCCGUGUGACUAAGCGGUAAUUAAUUUCCGUCUCUUAAAAAUCAUGGAGAAAGAAUAUUUGACCGUGUAUUCACCCUCGAGGCCGAGAUCGCCGUCAUUUACAAAUUUGGCGACUCUUUUUCAUCGGUCUUCCUCAGCGCCGGAUAAGUUAUCUCAAAUAGAAUCAGGAACUCCGGUCAUCACUUCGGCAACGUUCCAAACUGAGCCUGAUUUUGUCAAGGCAGAUUUAAAUGCAAAUAAUCAAAAUGAUAACUACAUUGGUUCAGACAAGUUCAAUACUCAUGUUCCGUUAAGGGAAUUUUGUGGGAAGAGAUGUGUCCGAUUUUUCCCGAUAACGAAAUGGCUGCCAAAAUAUACUGGGAGGAAGUUUAUACAUGAUUUCUUGGCUGGAUUAUUAGUCGGGUUGACUGUGAUUCCACAGGCUCUCGCGUUAUCGCUGAUGGCAGGACUUCCACCUCAGUACGGUCUAUACUCCGGAUUUAUGGGGUGUUUUGUGUACGUGUUCUUUGGCUCCACUUCCUACAUAACGAUCGGUCCGACGGCCGUGAUGUCGAUAAUGACGUGGACCUAUGGGCACGACAAGCCUCCCGAAUAUGUCGUUCUGCUCACUUUUAUCACCGGCGUGGUGACGCUAUCCCUGGGUCUCAUGCAACUCGGCUUUAUCCACAAUUUUAUUUCAAUUCCUGUGGCAAGCGGCUUCACUUCAGCAGCUGCCGUGACGAUCUGCUACACACAGUUGAAGGGAUUACUGGGGAUACAGUUUCAGGGGGUGGGGUUCAUCGAUAUUGUGACGGGAGCGAUCAACCAUAUCAAAGAUGUCGGGAUGUGGGAUGUUAUCGUGGCUGGAUUGUGUUUGAUAGUUCUGCUAAUUUUGAGGAAAUUGGAGCUGAUUUUUAGCUGCCUUGUUAAACGUGGCAAGCCAUGGAGUAAAAUUAUCUGGCUGAUCUCGGUCUCGAAAGGCAUCAUCGUGACGUUUUUGUGCACAGGAGUAUUUGCAAUGAUUGGGAGUGAUUCAAUCGUUGGCAUUCUAGGCCAGAUUCGUCCCGGAAUUCCAUUCCCAGCUCCGCCACCAUUUUCCUUCUCGAAGAACUAUACACAGCCAUACUCACUCAUUCCUAUCAACAAGUCAUUCCACAUCAUGGACAUAAUUAAGGACGACGCCACUGUCCUGUUGGUUUUCCCGUUUCUCGCCCUCAUGGAACACUCCCUUAACGCGAAGCAGUUUUCUGGUGCAAAAUCUAUAGAUUUCUCCCAAGAGCUAAUAGCGAACGGGUUAUCGAACAUUGCGGCCAGCUUUUUCGGCUCGAUGCCAAUAACUGGAGCAUUUCCGCGCACCGGGGUCAAUCAGGCGAGCGGGGUGGAGACUCCGUUGGGGGGAAUUAUUACCGGAGUCUUGGUCCUGGUUUCCUUACAGUAUUGCACUCCUUGGUUCUAUUACAUGCCCAAGGCAGCGAUCGCGGCAAUGAACAUCAUAUCAGCCAUUUUUACGCUGGACUUAGCAAUACCAAGGAGACUUUGGAGAUGUAAAAGAAUGGACUUAAUUCCGUGGGGAAUCACGUUUCUCGUCAGCCUAUUUGCAGGGCUGCAGUACGGCCUGUUACUCGGAUUUCUGAUCAGUGUCAUAUUUCUAUUGUAUUGGGCAGCGUCUCCAAAAAUCAGAGUAAAUCGAUGUAAACUUUCUUCGACCGGAAGUCGUUUCAUCAUCGUUGACCUCGACCGCUCACUGACCUUCCCGUCCGCCGAGUACACAAGAACCGUUGUCAUGAAAUCUGGCGACCGUUGGGCCAACGGUAACCUGCCCGUCGUCAUUGACUGUUUCCACAUGCAUUUCGCCGACUACACGGCCGCCCAAGGAAUCGUGGAGCUGUUUAAAGUCUUCAAUGGGAAAGGACAAGCGUUGAUCCUGUUCCGACUGAAACCAUCCGUUGAAAGGAUCGUGACGAGUUUACUGAUCAUGGACGAGAUACAAUUCUACUCGGCCCAAACGGACGGUCAACUGCAAGUCUUGCUUCAAGAAAUAUGUGGUGGUUCAAGUCAAGAAGGGAAAUCUCAAGAGGUUAAAAUCGUCGGGCAAGUGUUGGACUUGGGGAAUUUGGCAGAGUACGAUUUGAUCACGAAUUCUGAAUCGCCAUCCCUUAUUUAUCCCGACAACACGAGGAGAGAAAAUAUUUCAAUGGUGAAUUUUUCAUUGGGAAACAAACUCCUUAGUAUUCCUAGUGUACAAUCUCCGAGUAGGAGGUUUAUCGUGAAUAAGGCAGAAGAUGAGGAGAAAGGACCCGAUAGUCCGGUGGACAUUGUGGUGUCGGAGCAUUAGAAAAUAAGGAUUGUAGUUUUUAAGUUAAAUAUUUUUUUUAUACGAGAUGAAUAUACGAAAAUUUCUAGGGAAA